AGGAAGGGUGGGGAAAGAGGCCUGAAGGUGGCGCUACUGCAGCGCGUUGCCUGCGGGCUGCCGUAAAGCAGCAGAAGAAGAGGCGGGGACAGGGGUGUGCAGCGGCGGGCGGAGACAGUCUGAGCUGAGCAGGUCGUCGUGUGAACAUGUCUGAUUCCAUUAGAGUCCUGGUGACCGGCGCUGCUGGGCAGAUUGCCUAUUCCCUGUUGUUCAGCAUUGCCAAGGGAGAUGUCUUUGGCAAAGAUCAGCCAAUCACCUUGCUCCUUUUGGACAUAACACCAAUGUUACCCGUCCUGGAUGGCGUUGUCAUGGAGCUGCAGGACUGUGCCCUCCCGCUCCUGAGAGAGAUUAUUCCCACUGACAAGGAGGAAGUGGCCUUCAAGGACCUGGACGCUGCCAUCUUGGUCGGCUCAAUGCCCAGGAGGGAGGGCAUGGAGAGGAAAGACUUACUCAAAGCCAACGUGGCCAUCUUCAAGAGCCAGGGAGCCGCCCUGGAGAAGUAUGCCAAGAAGACUGUGAAGGUGCUGGUUGUAGGAAACCCCGCCAACACCAACUGUCUGAUUGCAGCCAAGUCUGCUCCCUCCAUCCCCAAAGAGAACUUCUCCUGUCUCACCCGUCUGGACCACAACAGGGCUCGCUCUCAGGUGGCGAUUCGCUGUGGCGUUCCUGCCAGCAAUGUCAAGAACAUGAUCAUCUGGGGCAACCACUCGUCCACCCAGUACCCAGAUGUGCACCACUGCUUGGUCAACAUGUCCGGUGGUGAGCUCGCCUGCUUCGACGCCGUCAAGGAUGAUGCCUGGCUCAAAGGCGAUUUCAUAGCUACAGUGCAGCAGAGAGGCGCUGCAGUCAUCAAGGCCAGGAAGCUGUCCAGUGCCAUGUCUGCCGCCAAGGCCAUCUGUGACCACAUGAGAGACAUCUGGUCAGGCACCCCCCAGGACGAGUUCACCUCUAUGGGCGUGUACUCCUCUGGAAACUCAUAUGGAGUCCCAGCAGACCUCAUCUAUUCAUUCCCGAUCCAGAUCAAGGACAAGAACUGGACGAUUGUGGGUGGCCUGGCCAUCAAUGAUUUUUCCCGAUCGAGGAUGGACGCCACAGCAGCCGAGCUGAUAGAGGAGAGAGACAUGGCGGUGUCUUUCCUGGGGGUAUGACUAGACCCUGCAGGGCCACCUGACCAGCACUUAGAAGGCCCCAAAACUCCAGACGCACGCCUGUGACGAAGCACUCCACCAACCCCUGCAGUAGUGUGUGUCUGUAUGAGUGUGUCUGUGUUUAUGAGUGUGAAGUUGGGAUUUACACUUUUGUGUUGGGAAGCAGCAGUUAUGGAGAAACCAAGUGGAGAUGGUUGAUGGUUAUUGGUUAUUGUUGCUGGUGUUUGUUCUCACAGGGUUUUAAUACUGUUGGAGAUGUUAUGGUGUGACCAGUGAAGACAACAGUAAUCAUUGUCUUUUUCAGGAUUACCAGACUCAUCCUGUCAGGUAGCAAAGCCAUUUCCACCAGAAACUUACUCAUUCUGAAUCACUCCGUCUGUUUAGUGGAAAAAAAGAAUGCAUCCAGUUUUAAUUUGGUUAUGGAUUAUUGCAUUGGUCUCAUAUUCAGUCGACACCAGAAACACCUUUUUGUUGUACAUCGUGACACACAAGUAUCUCCACUCUAACUAUAGUCCACCAUUUGUUACCAGCUUGUUUCCAAUAUAUUUUCUCUGGGGUUAAGUGAAUGGAUUCUUGUUACAUAUAGUCAGUGAUGCACUAAGUCCUCAAACACUGGAAUGGAAAACGUUAAACAAUAAAAAAAAAGAUUAAACAAUGAA